AUGAACUUGGGUCAUCAAGGGAUGUUGCUGUACAUCGUUUACAAAGCAUUGAUUGAACGUCAAUUUAUUAAGAAUAAAUCUCUUUCCAGUCAAUAUCACAAAUUUAUGGAGGACUAUCAACAACUUGGUCAUAUGGAAUUGAUUCCAGAAAAUGAAAUUGAUGUUCCAGCUAAUUCUAGUUUUUACCUUCCGCACCAUUCAGUUCCGGAUAAAAAUGGUGAUAAAUUUCGAGUCGUAUUUGAUGGUUCUGCAAAAUCUUCUAGCGGUAUUUCUCUUAAUGAGAAAUUGAUGGUUGGUCCACAGUUGCAGACUGAUCUGACAACAUUAAUUAUUCGUUUCAGAAUUCACAGAAUAGCUAUAACUGCAGAUAUAGAGAAAAUGUACAGACAAAUUAUACUAAAAGAUGCAGACUUUCAGAGAAUAGUCUGGCGCGAUUCACUUUAUAAACCAAUUCAGGAUUUUCGAUUAACUAGGAUUGCUUACGGUACUGCAUCAGCUUCGUACCUUGCGGUAAGAUGUUUACAGCAGUUAGCCAUAGAUGAAGCAACUAAUUUUUUCCUUUGGCUUCCAAGACAUGUCUUAGGGACUUCUACGUUGAUGAUUUGA